GGCGCGGCGAGGCCACCACGUUUCCUCCUUCAGCGAGUCCCCGUGACUAAGUUGAGACAAAACAGCGGCAGAAAACGCUCAAAACCGCCGUAAACUGCUUGCCUGUUGUGCACAGCCUAUCAGUUUUUCUUACAGACACUUGGCCUGGUGUGACAAAAUGACCAUAGUCCUGAGGCUGACCGGCCUGGAUGCCAAAGCAGGCAUUGAAGAUGUUCGUACAUUCUUUGAGAAUCUGCACAUACCGGAUGGAGGAGUGUACAUUCUUGGAGGAAGUCUGCAAGAGGCUUUUAUAGCAUUCGGCUCAGAAAAAGAUGCCCAGCUUGCCCUGCGCCAGACUGGUGGUUACCUCAGAGGAUCUGCAGUGAGUCUGUAUAUUAGCAGCAUGCAGGAAGUAGAGCACAAACUGGAGACUUUUUUGAGAACAAAGAAGAAGAACUCGCUUUCUGUGAAGAGACCCCAGCCACAGCCAGCCGCGACUCCGCCAUUAUUAAAAUCACCACCUCAGGAUGGCAACGUUGUAAAUUUGUCACCUUCUCCCGCAUCUUCUGUUGACCCUGGUAUUGCAAAUAUUCCACAUUUAAAUGCGCAGGAUGGCUGUUCUAACAUAAAUGUACAAACCUCAGAUGGACGUCACCUUGAUUCCAGUACUGCAUUUAUUCUUGGAGUGUGUUCUGUGCUGCAAGGUCUCAAGUCCUCCCAACAAUCUGAAAUCAGCAAUCUACUGCCAAAACUCAAUCUCCAGGUGAGCAGCCCAUCUAUUGAGCCUGAUAUGGUCAAGAAGCCGGAGCAAACAAUGGCUGCAAAGCCAGGCUACAUCAGGCUGUUUGGAUUGCCACCAACAACUACAAAAGAGGACAUCUGUACAUUUUUCAAGGGGUUGACUGUACAAGAAGCUAUGGUAAAUGUGAAAUUGGGCCUCAGUCAUGGCUGCCUUGUGAAAUUUGCCAGCACCCAGGAUGCAUGUGAAGCUCUCCACUUCAACCAGCGGCUGUUGGGCACAGUCUGUGUGGAGGUUCGAGGUGCGACUGAGAAGCUGUGGAACAGUGUGCUGGAAGAAUGUACCAAUGUAGGAAGAGAAAUACCCCAGCGGAACCCUUGCAGCGGAAGUAUCAACCACAAACAAAAACCUACAUUUGCACAUCAAAUCAAGAGGAAAUCUGCCAGCGAGCUGCCUUGUAAGCCACCAAAAACACAUAAACUUGACGAUUCAAAAUCACCUUUUUCCCCAGGUGUGGAACAAGUUGUCAUGGUCAACAAUCUGCCCAAAACUAUGACCAAGACUGAAAUUAAGGAGUUGUUUGAAUGUACAGAUAUUCCACACAAAAAUGUGCUUCAUCUGCUUGACAAAGACAGCAACAGAACAGACACGGCCUUCCUUAUUUUUCACCGUUCAGAAGAUUACGAAUAUGCUUUGAAUCUGUCAGGCUGCCAUGUGGGUGCUGCUGCUAUCAAGGUUUCAUCAAUCACUAAAAUUGCAAUGAGACAAAUGAUCGCCAAAUACCGCAUUAGGUCUCAAAGGCAUUUUUCUAAAAUGGACAGAAUGAUUGUUGAAAACAGUUGUUCAGAUGCUUAAGUGCCACUGAGAGUACGAAACUGGACUCAACAGAUCAGAGUUGCCUCUUCAUCAGAAACAUGCCUGCUGAUGUACAGAAAAGUCAAAUAAGCAGUCUUUUCUCCAAAUACAAAGUGACCAAAGACAACAUCACCAUUCUGUGUGACAUUGAUGGGAAUGGGAUCGGCGAAACUGUGGUUCAGUUUUGAAUCAGCAUGCCUUACACCGCUGGCUCAGAGGGUCCACGGCAAAGGCUUUCUGGGUUUCAACCUGCUACUGACACUUGUAACUGUGAAUAAGAUGGAGGAAAGCCUGGAAUCGCACAAAGGAAAUUAAAUUUUCAGUGGCACCUUGGCUGCGGGUCAAAUAUUUGGUUGUCUUUCUUUUAAUGACAGCUCUGCCACUUGUUUGCACUAAUCUUAGUUGAAUUGUUAAUAGGUUGUUCUGAAAACAUUGCAUGUUUUUUUCUGUUUUUUUGUUAAAUUCAAAAUAAACCUUUGUAG